UUUACUCCUAUCCUCUAAAAGCCCGUCUUAAAAGAAGACUCAAAAAUUGUGUUUUUCUAUUCCGGCUCUCCCGACAAUGGAAGCUUUUAGCUUGCUUAAGUAUUGGAGAGGAGCCGAUACUAACGGUGGAGGUGGUGGUAAUGCUUGUGUUAGUGCAUGUUCAGCCACUACUGCCGACCGCACAACUACAAUUGUGACGGCGGUGGGUACGGAUGAUAAUGGUGACGAUGAUGGGCCUUUCUUUGACCUAGAAUUUGCGGUUUCUGAUGAGGAUGAAACAGAGGAAAACGAAGAGAUUGAUGAAGAAAGUGAGGAUCAAAACGACGACGUUGAUGCAAAAUCAGAUGAUGAUGGCUGCUCGGAUGGUGAAAGAGAGUGCAAUUUCACACUCUCCUCUGGCUCCGGUGACGACCCUUCUGAUCCAAACUUAACUCUAUCUUCUUCUGAUGAUUUGUUCGUUAAAGGUAGCCUUGAAGCCAUUGAGCCAAACUCCGCUUUGGACUCGAAGCCUCCUCAAUUCCCUGUCUCAUUGUUGAAAUCAGCAAGCAAGUUUCGAGUUUUCUUGUUAAGAUUCAGAAAAUCAAAGCUCAACCCAACUGAAAAAACAGAGUCGGUUUCUGUCCCCACAGCUACACCAAAAAAACAAGAAACAACCCAAGAAGAAAACAGGAACAAGUUUUUUACAGUGAAAUUUAAGGUUGAAGAGGUUCCUAUAAUGUCUUUGUUUUCCAGAGACAACAGCAAGUCACGGAAACAGCAGAGCUCUGAAGACUCAGUUUCCGAUGAAAAGAAAUUCUCCAAAGAUGUAAUGCAAAAAUACUUAAAGAAAGUUAAGCCUCUUUACGUCAGGGUUUCGAGAAGGUACGGUGGGAAGUUACGGUUUUCUGGGCAGUUAAGCUUGGGUUCUUUAAAACCUGCAACGCCACCUUCUACAGCAGCUCAGAAAUCGGUUUCAGGGAAGGUAACGACGGCGGAGAAGGGACGGAUUGAGGUGGAUAUGGGGGAGAGUCAGGUGAAUGGGAAGAACCUCAAGCAGGUGAAUAUUCCAGCGGGACUUGGAGUGGUUUAUAAGCAUUUGGGAAAGAGUAGAUCGGCUUCCUCCGCCGUGGCGGCGGCUCUUCCUGCUCCGACUUUUUCUAAGAGGAGAGAUGAUUCUCUGUUGCAGCAACAGGAUGGAAUCCAAAGUGCCAUUUUGCAUUGUAAGAGAUCCUUUAAUGGCUCUCAAGAUUCUUCAGAGUCUUCCGUGUUACCAAGGUCUGCGAGUGACCCAUCUGAUGAGAAGUCAAUUAAUUUAUCAUGAAAACCAUCACCAGCAGAAGCUAAAGCAUGAAUACUAAAAGUUUUAAGAUCAACCGCGAAAAACUGGGGGAAAAAGCGGGAAAAUUUGUCCUUUUUUCAGUGAAUCAAGCAUGGAUUAAUAUUUCAGGACAAAGAAAUGAGUUUGUGAAGACUACUGUUUAGUGGUUACUAAUAGUAUGUAAAGCUCCUCUUUAUGUGAAAAGUGAAAGAAGAAUCAGAUCUUUGUAUCUAUUUUUGAAAAAAAUUCGAAGUUUGAUAUGAAGGCUCCUUCAUUAUCAAUUCCCCUUUUUCCCAUUGAACACUUUGGAAUUCAAAUUUUUAAAAUGCGGGUAGCUUUUGAUUUGGAUUUGUUAUUCAUGGGACCCGGAGUCAGGAGUCAGGA